AUGCAGCACAAGACCCUGGGAUUCUGCCUGGCAUUGGAUGAGUCGAUGGACGAAAUCGUGCAAAAAGGCGACGACACCACGCUACGGAAGAUGUUAAUUAUGUAUGUCUAUGCGUUGCCUGCUGUGAAUAGUCGCAGUUACUUCUACCAGAGGAACAGCGGCAUGAUGCAAUCGCAACCCUUGGACUUAUUGACCAAGUACAUACUGGCGCUGGUCGAUUUCGUUUCUGAGGUCCCCGAAGAAGAGUUUCGCUAUGCGGCCUUCACAUGGCCUGAAAUCGACCACUACAUCGCGAACGCAGCGGCUUAA